AUGGAGUCGUUAUCGCCCUUUUACUCUAUGCCCACCGCCGAAGUGCGAUAUUCUCCGCCAUGGCAGGACUUGAGUAUCAUCGGCAUCGCUGGUAGCUCUGGCUCUGGCAAGACUUCUGUGGCCAUGGAGAUUGUCAGAUCUUUGAACUUGCCAUGGGUGGUGAUUCUUGUAAUGGAUUCGUUCUACAAGACCUUAUCUUCUGAAGAGCACCACAAGGCUCACGCAAAUGAGUAUGACUUUGACUGUCCGGAAUCGAUUGAUUUCGAUCUUCUGGUGCAAACUCUCUUGGACUUGAAGAAAGGAAAGAAAGCAAACAUCCCAGUAUACUCAUUUGCCGAUCACCAACGGCAGUCCCAUACGACCACUCUCUAUUCUCCUCGAGUGAUCAUUCUCGAGGGUAUUCUAGCACUGCAUGAUCCUAGAAUCGUGGAGAUGUUGGAUGUCAAGGUAUUGGAGCUUCCUCGUUGUGCUUUUGCUCUUAUCAAUGUUGACUUGUAUGUUCUGCGUGAUGUCCGCGAGCGAGGACGUGAUGUUGAAGGCAUUAUCAAACAGUGGUUUGAGUUUGUGAAGCCAUCAUACACCAAAUCUGUGGAACCUCAGCGCGCUAUCUCAGAUAUCAUCAUUCCUCGUGGCAUUGAGAACAAGACUGCUAUCGAUAUGGUGGUCAAACACAUCCAGCGUAAGCUGCAGGAGAAGUCCGAAAAGCACAGUGAAGAACUCCACAGACUAGGUUUGAUUGCAGCGGAGGUAGAACUGCCUUCCAAUGUGCACGUGCUGCCGUCAACACCUCAGCUCGUUGGCAUGAACACUAUAUUGCAGAACCCAGAGAGUGAGCAGGAGGAUUUCAUCUUCUACUUUGAUCGACUGGCCUCAAUUCUGAUUGAAAGGGCCUUGGACAUGACAUCGUAUGUCUCAGCACAUGUGGAAACACCACAAGGAAAUCAAUACCUUGGUUUGCAUCCUAAGGGAGCAGUCUCAGCUGUAGCUAUUCUACGUGGGGGCUCUUGUCUGGAAACAGCUCUCAAGCGGUCAAUCCCCGACUGCAUCACUGGUCGCGUGCUCAUUCAAACAAACAAGAGCAACGAGGAACCGGAAUUACAUUACUUGAAGCUGCCAUCGCAAAUUGAGGAACACUCAACCGUCAUUCUUAUGGACUCACAAAUGUCCAGUGGAAGCGCUGCACUGAUGGCGGUUCGUGUUCUGCUUGAUCAUGGGGUGAAAGAAGAACGCAUCGUUUUUGUGACCUGUGCGGCGGGUGAACGGGGUCUGAAACGAUUAGUUGCUGUGUACUCCAAGAUCAAUGUGAUCGUUGGACGUAUUGAGGAGGAGCGAGAACCGCGCUGGAUAGAGAAACGAUACUUUGGAUGUUAA